AUGGUGCUAAACCAUCUCACAGCGCCGGUUCUAACCACUGCAGCACACGGCCCACAGAGCACAAGCAAUGCAAAACAAGAGCCGUGCGACCCCAACAUCCCAGACCACCGUCUCAGCAUCAACAGACCCUGCAUCUACGAGCGUUGUCUUCCAGGAAACGCCUACAUCACAGCCCACGUCCAGCGCCUCCAGCACGGCCACUACGCAACCGCCGCCGUAUCGGAUCGUGAUAUCGACUGUGUCGACUUCCUCGCUGUGAGCUUUGCCUUCCACUCCCCGGAUACCAGGAACCACCGCUUCAAGGCAGCGACGAUUCGUGCUUCUUUAAACUACCCGACCUUCAGCUACGGUUCUAGCAAUGAUAAGAGCAGUGUUAGUACUUCCAGCUCACGCAGCACACCAAACCACCCGCAUUUUCUCAAACACGCUCCACACUUUCUCCAUGGCUCUAUCAUUCCCGAAACGAUGCAAUGGAACUACAGUCUUUCCGGGUCGUUGGGGGUCUCGCAGCUCCCGCUCCUCGCAUCUCUCUCCCCAGCAGCAGGAUUGAACGGGCGCUUCAAUCGCUAUGAGAUGAUGCGCAUUCAAGGGUCCGUCCGAAGCAAGGAUGGCAUACCGGCCACCCAGAUCGUCUGGACGCUGGAAGAAAACACGCUGCAGCACUCCGGCUUGCCGAGGGAAUUCACAUUCGCGAUGCUGAUUGCCAAACCCGGGGCGGAGAGCCGAGUGCAAUUUGUGCUGGAGAUCGAGCCGGUGCUGCAGUGCUGGCUAUUGGGGAACUAUCCGGCUUGGUGGGUAAAAUUAUGGAGGAGGUAUCGGGCUGUUAGGAGGAAGAGGGGUGUUGAUUUCCGGAUAAGUGUUGGGCAGCGGUUUGGAGUUGAUUCGAAGCCAAAGUCCCAUUCGCACUCGCACUCAGGACCAUCGAGGAGGGGUUUCAACUUUGCAAAAUUGGUUACUGGGCUCGAUGAGUACGUGUCGAUGUCCGGAGGGAAGGUUGUGGCUGCGGCAGGAGGAAGUUCAGCUGCCCAAGGUCAACCAGACAGCCCAGAUCCAAUGCCCUUGCCAUCGCCGAUACAAGACCCGGGCCCGGAUCCCAUGCCAAUGCCGUUUCCAGGUGGACAAGAUGGAGCUCAUUACCCGUUUCCACCACAUCCUGGAUAUGGAUACGGAGGCGAACCAAGACAUGUUCCAGAGUAUAAACGGUGGCCGCGGACAAGGCAUACUGCAUCUCACCCAAGGCAUCCUGCAUCUCACCCAAGGCAUCCUGCACAAAUGUCUCCCCGUGCGAAUGACCGAAUUCGAGAACGAAGCGGCAUCGAAUCCAAACCAAACUUUGCGGAAACACCGCAUGUGCCUGCUCGAACGAGCAGUAACGGCCAGGGUAGCACUCAGACCCAGCGGACUAAGACACGGAGGGGGCACCGCUGA